AUGGAUAAGGUUUUGGCUGAUAUCGCGUCUGCUCCCAAGAGCCUCAAGCAUGUUGAGGUGGAGCACGACGCUUCCAAGCCCGCCAUAGAGGAGGGGACUGGCGUCGGCAAAUGGGACAAGGACGCGCUGCUGCAGGGCAUCCAACACGGCGUGCCCUUGAAGCAUGUCGAGACGGUAGACAAGGCGGCGCCCAAGAUUGAGCCGCACGUGCACAUCGGCGCGAACCCGCACGCAAAGCUGAUGGCUGAGGUGCAGCAUGCGGCGGUGACCCGGGAGAUCAGGUCUGGCGGGGGGGAGGAGGUCAAGGCGCACCUGCACCACGUGGACGCGCCCCAGGUGGGGGGGCAGGGUGGGGGGAGGGGGCGGCUUGUCCAGGGCGCCUCCCUAUGA